GCGCUUCCGGAACCUACCCCGCGGCCCUACAUAUACACCGCCACACGCCCCACCCCCGUUCCGACCUCACGAUCCAAAACCACAACAAUUAUACUACGACCUGCCCCCUCCCUCUCUCCGUCAAUCUUUCUCCCGUCCCCCAAAUCUCUCUACCUCGGAGCGGCCAUGACUCGCGGCGACCAGAGGGAGCGGGACAGGCAGAGGGCGCAGGCGCGGAAGCCGGGGAGCAAGGGCCGCGACGACGGGCUCACGCCGGAGCAGCGACGAGAGAGGGACGCCAAGGCGCUGCAGGAGAAGACCGCCAAGAAGGCGGCGCAGGCAACGAAGGGGGCCGACGACGCCAAGAAGAACGCCGCCGGCAAGAAAUAGUAGCACCCGGGUUCCGUCCCUGCGGCAUGUUGGAUCUGGUCUGUCAUGACGUCGAGAUGUUCUGAUGUAAAAUUCUGUCCGAUCUGGUCGCUCCCUGCUUGUAACACAAACUCGUUCAGCGCCUCCAGAUCGGCCCCCGUGUUGUUGAUGCCUGAUUCGUGGAUCUUAAAUGCAAUGAGAUUAAGGCCCAGUUCGUUUUA